UCGCGACUGCCAGUUGUUGCAGAAGAGCCCGCUAGAUGGCAGUAGAGAGCCUUUCUGAAGGAGCAGACAAUAGAGGAGCAAGAGAUGUGAGCAGCAGCAGCAAUAGAGCUGAGAGCAGCUACUGGGCAACACUUGCAGCCUGAACGAGGGGGACCGUUCCUGUCACUCCCUACACAGGGAUAAUAUAACAGGAGGACAUCGAGUCUUUUUGUGAUUUAAGGUGUCUCAGAGCUACAGCUUCUCGCCGGCAGCACGUACAGCGGGGCAGCUUCUCUCCUCUCCCCAACAAUGACAGCCGGGAUGGCAAUUUACUGGGUGUCAGCUGCAGCUUGUAUCCUGGGUGUUGGCUGCAGUGUGUUGGCUACUAAAGUGAACAAACACAAGCCUUGGAUUGAGACUUCGUACCAUGGAGUCAUCACGGAAAACAAUGACACUGUGAUUCUAGAUCCACCUUUGGUUGCUCUGGAUAAAGAUGCCCCAGUCCCUUUUGCAGGGGAAAUAUGUGCAUUCAAAAUUCAUGGACAAGAUACUCCUUUUGAAGCUGUAGUGCUGAACAAGACAUCAGGUGAAGGCCGCCUCAGAGCAAAAGGACCAAUUGAUUGUGAAAUUCAGAAGGAGUACACCUUUAUCAUCCAGGCGUAUGACUGUGGUGCAGGUCCAGCUGGAACAAACUGGAAGAAGUCUCACAAAGCUGUAGUUCAUAUACAAGUGAACGAUGUGAAUGAGUUUGCCCCAGUGUUUAAAGAGAAGAAGUAUAGUGCCAUGGUGACAGAGGGAAAGAUCUAUGACAGUAUCCUGCAGGUGGAGGCAAUGGAUGAGGACUGCUCCCCCCAAUACAGUCAGAUCUGCAAUUAUGAAAUUGCUACAAGCGACGUGCCAUUUGCUAUUGACAGAAAUGGAAACAUAAGGAACACAGAGAAACUGAGCUAUGAUAAGCAACACCGGUAUGAAAUUAAAGUCACUGCAUAUGACUGUGGACAGAAGCAUGCCACGGAGGAUGUCACAGUUAUUGUGGAUAUUAAGCCUGUCUGCAAACCUGGAUGGCAAGACUGGGAUAAACGCAUUGAAUACAACCCUGGUUCUGGGAGCAUUGCCUUGCUUCCUACUGUUCGGCUAGAAACUUGUGAUGGACCUGUAUCUUUCAUUCGAACAAGUAUUGAGCUACAGACUAAUCAUAUUGGAAAAGGCUGUGACCGUGAAACUUACUCUGAUACAUCACUGAAGACGUUAUGUGGGGCCUCUUCUGGUGCCAUUAACUUACUCCCAUCUCCCAGUGCGUCCACUAACUGGACAGCAGGUCUACCCAUGGACAACAGUGGCAUGAUCUAUAAAUUUGAUGGCAAGCAAGGAGUAAAGAUACCCGAUGCAGUUGUACCAAAGAAUCUAACUGACCAGUUCACAAUCACAAUGUGGAUGAAACAUGGUCCAAGUCCUGGAUUAAGAGCUGAAAAAGAGACCAUCCUAUGCAACUCUGAUAAAACAGAGAUGAAUAGGCACCACUAUGCUCUGUAUGUGCACAACUGCCGCCUCGUGUUCCUAUUACGCCGAGACUUUGAUCAAGCAGACACUUUCAGACCUGCAGAGUUCCACUGGAAACUGGACCAGAUCUGCGACAAGGAAUGGCACUACUAUAUAAUCAACAUAGCUUUCCCACUGGUUACCUUAUACAUGGAUGGAGCAACUUAUGAGCCAUACCUGGUAACCAAUGACUGGCCCAUUCAUCCUUCCGACAUUGCCAUGCAGCUGACGGUUGGAGCUUGUUGGCAAGGUGGGGAAGUCACAAAGCCCAAGUUUGCUCAGUACUUUCACGGAAGCAUUGCUGGUCUUGUGCUGCGUCCUGGCCAAAUUGAAAGUCAUAAAAUGAUUUCCUGCUUACAGGCUUGCAAAGAGGGGCUGGAUAUCAAAGCCCUAGAGAAUCUGGGGCAAGGUGUAAAGUAUCACUUCAACCCUUCUCAAUCCGCUCUUGUAAUGGAAGGUGAGGACAUUGAAAGUAUAAAUCAAGCUCUCCGCAAGGUCUCGUACAUCAACUCUCGGCAGUUCCCCACUGCUGGUAAAAGAAGACUGAAGGUGUCAUCCAAAGUCCAAUGCUUUGGAGAAGAUACUUGCAUCACGAUACCUGAUAUUGAAGCGUAUAUUACAGUUGUCCAAGCAAAUGAACACAAGAUAACAGUCACCGGAAUGGAUCACUUUGCACGGCCAGCGUCUGAGUUUGAAAAUGCAAAUGGUGUUAUUUUAUUGCCAGAUAUUCAAAUAACCAGCACAGUUACAAAAAUGGAGAAAAGACUGAAUACGAAUGUUGGAAAAACUAAUGCCCCAGUAGUGGUAGAAGAAACACUCCAUCACUUGGACUUCUGUGAUAUUUUGGUCAGUGGGGAGGAGCUGGAUGUCAAUAAGGAGUGUUUAGAACUGGACCAUGCUGUUCUCCAAGGCAAACAUUUGGAGGCUACAAAUUCUACUAAAGGGUUCUCAAUCUAUGGUGUGGGCACAAUGAAAUGCUAUGAGGAUGUUCUUCAGCAAAUACGCUACCGGCACUGGGACUCUGCAUCAAUCUUUGGCCGGAAAUUUAAAGUCAAGUGCUCUGAAUUAAAUGGCCGUUACACAAGUAAUGAGCUUAACCUUGAGGUCAAUAUACUGCACAAUUCAAAUUUUAUGGAGCACGUAAAUCAUAUGAUGAUUCAGCCAGAGUUUAUACCAUCACUAAAGAAUCCAAGCACUGAAUUGUCCAAGCAUGAAACACGUGUUUCUCCAGGUGCUACAACCAUUGUGUUAGUGGCCUGUGUCAGUAUACUGGUUAUUAUAGUAGUUUUGGGGAUCAUCAGAUUACGGGUGGUGCACCAGCAGGACUUCCAAGAAAAAGAGGCUGUAAAAGAUAAUGACCUAAUUUGGGAUGACUCAGCUCUCACUAUCACAGUAAACCCAAUGGAGAAAUAUGAAACUCAGGGAACAGAUGAAGGGGAGAGUGAAGUAGAGGAAGAGGAAGAAAUUGAAGAAGAGGAUGAUGAUGAGGAAGAGGAUGAAAGUACAAGUGGUGACUCUGAUGAAAGUGAUGAAGACGAUAUGGGAACCCAAGCAAAAGCAAAGCAACAACAAAAUUCAGCAAGGAGAGGACACCUGGAAUGGGACCACCUAACACUUACAUACUAAUAUUUUCCUCUUCCUUUUGUAAACACAAAUCUUAUUUAUUUCAGAGGCAGGUUAGGUAAAGACUCUGUUUAAGUGACAGGAUUAUAAUUGUGUGCAGAGACCAUUUUCUUAAAUGCUGGAAAGCAAUAGCUAUAUGUAUAGAUUGGCAGAGUGCAUCGUUACUUUUGUAAACUAGAAAAGUUAAUCAUAGUUAUAAGGCGGGGUGGAUAUACACUAAAUUCCAUUGGUUUCAAAGAACCAAGAUCAGAUACCAACACACACACUACAGCUGUCCCAAAUAAUAUGUUUGCUAAUAUAUGAUCCUGUUUGCUCUUGUUGAGUGUGCAUCUUACACAAAAGGGCCUUAGCUGGCAAGUUAAGAAGCUAAACGAAUGGACCUAAUGUCUUUUUAAAGCUGCAGUGACUUUCUUGUGCCUGUAUCCCACAAGCAGCUGAAAUGUAUAAAAGGAAAGCAGUUAACAGUUUGCUAUGCAUUGCACACUCUUCCAGAGUCAAUGGUUGUGCAUUUAUUGGAAAACAUUCCGCUUUAAUGAGGUUUAUUAAAAUUUAAAGUGUGUGUGUAUAUACCUGGAGUACAGACUGCAAUUUACUCCAAUUCUGUCAUGCUGAUCAUGUAUAAAGGGCUGACAUUUUCAUGGAGCUUGACCAAAAGCUAAUUUCAGUUUUCAUAUAAUGGAUUUGUUUAAAAUAGACCAGAAAUCAGAAAAAAAGCCAAUGCAUUUGGUUUAAUUUCUGGGUUAUUUUAUGCACUGUGAUCAUUUAAAAAAAAAAAAAAAAAAUCUCUAGUGGGGACAGCUAUUAAAAUAUAUGCACACACAAAUUAUAUAAAAUACUCAUAUGCCCUCCUGUUAAUUUAUACCAGUAUGCUAUUUUUUCAUAAAGUAGAGAUUGGUUAAUGAAUUGUACCAGUAUGAUACCCAUUCUUGAAAACCGUAUGAAUGCUUCUCUGCCUAAGGCACACAGUUAUUCGAUCACUUUGGUCCUCUCAAAAGGUUAUUUGAGCCAUAGUCCUUUGACAUGGGAGACAAUAUAGGAUUUAAAAUCAGCUUCUUGGGAAAGUUUGUUCAGAAUUUUUUCAAUCUCUAUAAAAGCAUCAACAAAUGCAA